GUAAUGAUCUGAGAUGUCAGGCCAUAUGUCUGUGGGCCGUCCCUAAUCGCGCUGUGGAGAGCUCAGCCUCGCGAUACAAGAAUCAGAGCAGUGGAUGCUGCUGACAGCGCGCUGCGGUCAUCAUGCAAAGGUUACAUUGGAUCUGUUUCAGCGAGAAGCAGCCGCUCUUCCGCGGGACCCACACGGCUCUGAAAAUGCGAGGCGUGUAGUAGCGCUACAAACGCCUGGACUGUCGUUUCAGGCUAGUUUGCCUUCAGCAGGUGUCACAGCAUGGACGCGAGUGUGGGAUUUCCGCGGACAGUCGUGUGUGCCGUGUGUGCGCUGGCUCCUCUCGGCGGUGAAGCGGCUUCAUGAGUGUCCAAAGUAACAGUGGAAGUGGAGGAAGUUUGGAGGCGACGCCAUCUUGGUCCUCGUCCCCAACCGUUUCUCAACAACAAAUAACGGCGACCGCAAAGAGCAAGGAAGGUCAAAUGGAGGAGCUUCAGAGCCUGGACCCCCGGAGACAGGAGCUGCUGGAGGCCAGGUUCACCGGAGGUGUCAGUGGCAACACAGGAGGCAGCACUGGGAGUGGAGGUGCCAAGUGUUUGGCAAAUGAAUCGUCUAACCACAGCUAUGGCAGCCUUGGUUCAUCCAGUGACAAAGAGUCGGAGAACUCUGAUUUAAAACGUGGAAGCUCCCCUGCCUACUCAACUCCAGAGAAAAAGCACUCUGAAUCGUCCAGGGGCAGAAAGAGGAAAGCUGACACCUACUCAGAAAGCAGUCAAGGGAAGACCUCAACGCGUGGACCAAAAAUCAGUGAUUACUUUGAUUUUCAAGGUGGAAAUGGCUCCAGCCCUGUCCGAGGUCUCCCGUCAACCCGUCGCUCUCCUCAAAACUCUCACUCUGCCCCUGGCUCAAUUAUUCGACAGAACAGUUCCUCUCCCACCAGCCUGUCUUUCGGAGAACACAGUCUUAAGGCUUCAACAAGCAAAUUUGUCCAGACCGAGUUAACGGGACUGAAACUCGCUGCACUGGAGAGCAACAAGAGUCUGGACCUGGAGAAGAAGGAAGGCCGGAUUGAUGACUUACUCAGGGCUAACUGUGACCUACGGAGGCAGAUCGAUGAGCAACAGAAGCUCCUGGAGAAAUACAAAGAGCGUCUGAAUAAGUGCAUCACCAUGAGCAAGAAACUGCUUAUAGAGAAGAGCACUCAAGAGAAGCAGUCGUGUCGUGAAAAGAGUAUGCAGGACCGCCUCCGCCUGGGACACUUCACCACAGUGCGGCAUGGAGCGUCCUACACGGAGCAGUGGACGGAUGGAUACGCAUUCCAGAACCUGAUCAAGCAGCAGGAAAGCAUCAACCAACAGCGAGAGGACAUCGAGCGCCAGAGAAAACUGUUGGCCAAAAGGAAACCCCCAAACCCCGCCUCCCCCUCCAUGUCGGUUGCCUCCACCUCGGAGCCCAAGCCGAGGAAAGCCAAGGUUGUCAACGGCAAUGACUCUGACCCGUUUCUCAAACCAUCACUGCCCCAGCUGCUUACACUCGCUGAGUAUCAUGAGCAGGAAGAAAUAUUCAAGCUUCGCCUUGGUCAUCUCAAAAAGGAGGAGGCUGAGAUCCAGGCCGAGUUGGAGCGUUUGGAGCGAGUGAGAAAUCUCCAUAUCAGAGAGCUGAAGAGGAUAAACAACGAGGACAGCUCGGCUUUCAAAGACCAUCCUACUUUGAACGAGAGGUAUCUUCUGCUCCAUUUACUGGGGCGGGGAGGCUUCAGUGAGGUCUAUAAGGCGUUUGACCUGUUUGAACAGCGCUACGCAGCUGUUAAAAUCCACCAACUCAACAAAAACUGGAGGGAAGAGAAGAAGGAAAACUACCACAAACAUGCUUGCAGGGAGUACCGGAUACACAAACAACUAGAUCAUCCCAGAAUAGUCAAACUCUAUGACUACUUCUCCCUGGAUACAGACACGUUUUGUACAGUGCUGGAGUUCUGUGAAGGGAACGAUUUGGACUUUUAUCUUAAACAGAAUAAACUGAUGUCUGAGAAAGAGGCGCGCUCCAUUGUGAUGCAGAUUGUCAGUGCUCUGCGUUACCUUAAUGAGAUCAAACCUCCCAUCAUCCACUAUGAUCUGAAACCUGGUAACAUUUUAUUAGUAGAUGGCACUGCAUGUGGGGAAAUCAAGAUCACAGACUUUGGCCUGUCCAAAAUCAUGGAUGACGAUAACUACGGUGUGGACGGGAUGGACCUCACGUCACAGGGGGCAGGCACCUAUUGGUACCUGCCUCCAGAGUGCUUUGUGGUGGGAAAGGAGCCUCCCAAGAUUUCAAAUAAAGUGGACGUGUGGUCUGUCGGCGUAAUCUUCUUCCAGUGUCUUUAUGGACGCAAGCCGUUUGGUCAUAACCAGUCCCAACAGGACAUCCUACAGGAGAACACCAUCCUCAAAGCUACAGAGGUCCAGUUCCCUGCUAAACCCCAGGCCAGCACUGAAGCCAAGGCGUUUAUCCGGCGGUGUCUGGCCUACCGUAAAGAGGACCGCUUUGACGUUCACCAGCUGUGCUCUGACACCUACCUUCUGCCGCACAUGAGACGCUCCAACUCGUCAGGCACUCUGCAGCCUUCCUCCUCUUCCUCUGUCCCCUCAUACUAAACCUGGAGACUGAACUCAGCAUCCGAACACAACACACAGGGAGAUGAAGGGAUGACAAAGAGGAGAGGAAAAGGCGUUGUGUUGUAAAGAGCAUUCCCACUGAAAAAAGGGAAAAGAAAGUGAUGUAUUAUGGAUAAUAAAUGCAACAAGAAGACUUUGCCACUAAACAAACUGCUCUACGAUCCCAGAUGUGCUCGUCAAGUCCCUGUUAAUCUCAUGGAGUAUUGAAUCAACAGUCAUUGUUGUUGAGCCAUUGAUAUUUGCAUAAAGUCUGGAUUUGAGCAGGUAUGACCUUCAACAAAUCCAAUUCCAUGGAUACUAGGCACACCAUUGGUUCCUCGUUUGGACAAAUGAUUCUGGGAUCAAAUUGCACUUCACAUCCAGAGCACCUGCGUUUGGAGUUUUGUCAUGAAGUAACAGUGGAGGUGAAAUCCUGAGCUAAUGCAAGUUUUUCAGUUUGUUAAAAAGCAAUUUUCUGCUUCUCUGGACUUAAAGCAGAUUUAUGUCUUAAUUUAAGCCUAUCACUAAAUCCAAUGAUAGCAGUAUGUUUGUUUCUGAUGUCCUUUUAGCUUCUGCUCAGAGAAAACCUUUUGUGCUCAUUUCACAUUACAUUCAGGCAAAUGUGUAAAUGAGUCUCGCUUCAUGUUUGCGUUAAAUCUGAAAGCUGUUUGAUCGCUGCUAUAAAUGUAACUGUUCAGGAGGCACUGUGUCGCCCCCAUCAGCCUGGAGUGUUCAUUUAUGCUAAUGUAAAGUUCAAAUUACACAUUUAUUUUAUUGUGCCAUGACACAAUAAUGAAACCAGUCACAGCUUUUGGUGCAGAGGCCUGAAUCUGCACCACUCAUGUGUCUAGAGCUAGAAAUCAACAAACUCAAAAUGAUGUAUGGUUCUGUUAAUAAACCAACUAUUGUGUGACAAAA